AUCCGUUCAAUCAUCACAAAGAAAAUAAAAAUUGUAAUUUUCUCGGAAAAUUCAAGUAAACGCGGCAGUGUAAAAAGAAAAUGACCAAAACCCUUCAAAAUUAGGAACUAUUGUUGAUUGAGUCAACAAUUCAUCGCACGAGAAAUUCUCAAAACCUGAAAAUUCAUCAAAACAACAAGACGCAAAAAUUCGUCGUCAUCAAAGAAAAAAUUCAUUGCAGGAAAAACAAAGAAAUUUCUCAUCAAAAGCCAUCAAGGAGACUUUCUAACAAACGUUCCUUGAGCAAAAAAGAACAGAGCACAAUUCGUAGAGAGUGUUGUUUAGAUUCGAAAAAAAUUAUCAGGAGAAUCUAAUCUAAGCAACAAUAAAAAAAAAUUAAAAAAAUGAGUAAUCAUCAACGUACUUUAAGCAACAUGUCACGCAACACGGACUGCAUGUCGGGCGAAGGUAGCGACGUUCUGCUCGACGAGCAAUUCCUCAACAAUGAAAUCCGUAAGCGGCGUGCCUGGCAGGCGGAUAUCGAUUCGUUGGCAUCCGAGGACUUGGAUUUGCUCGACAUUGACGACGAUUUGGUCGAGGAAGAUGAUGCCGGAUGCCCCUUGCCGUCGACACCCGAAGAUAAUCAGUUGCUUGAGGAAGAAAUGACUGAAGUACUGAAGGCUGGCGUUUUGUCGGAUGAGAUAGAUUUGGGUGCGUUGGCACACAAUGCCGCCGAACAAGCGGAAGUUUUUGUGCGAAAAGUGUGGGAAGCGUCGUGGAAAGUCUGUCAUUUUCAGAAUUUGCCAAAAUGGUUGCAGGACAACGAUUAUUUGCACAAAGGACAUCGUCCGCCAUUGCCAUCGUUUGGCGCUUGUUUCAAAUCCGUCUUUCGCAUUCACACGGAAACGGGCAAUAUUUGGACUCACUUGUUAGGAUGCAUCAUGUUUAUCGGCGUGGCGGCUUAUUUCCUCACCCGGCCCUCAUUCGAGAUACAAUUCCAGGAGAAAUUGAUUUUUAGUGCAUUCUUUGCGGGCGCAAUCAUUUGUUUAGGAUUCUCCUUUGCCUUUCACACGUUGUCAUGCCACUCGGAAAUGGUCGGAAAACUAUUUUCAAAAUUGGAUUAUUGCGGAAUUGCUUUGCUCAUUAUGGGUUCCUUUGUUCCAUGGCUCUACUAUGGCUUCUAUUGUCACUAUCAGCCGAAAGUUAUCUACCUAUCUGUCGUGUGUAUCCUCGGUAUGGCAUCCAUUAUUGCCUCGUUGUGGGACAAAUUCUCGCAGCCCAACUUGCGACCUGUGCGUGCCGGCGUUUUCAUGGCAUUCGGAUUGUCGGGCGUCAUUCCCGCCAUUCAUUAUCUCAUCAUGGAAGGAUGGAUGGACAAAAUUAGCAAAGCCAGCAUAGGAUGGCUCGUUCUCAUGGGUCUCUUGUACAUCAUGGGUGCAUGCUUCUACGCUUUACGGAUUCCCGAACGUUGGUUCCCCGGCAAAUGCGAUAUUUGGUUCCAAAGUCAUCAAAUCUUUCAUGUGUUCGUCAUUGCGGCCGCUUUUGUGCACUAUCAUGGCAUCAGUGAGAUGGCGAUGUAUCGCGUAACUGUCGGCGAAUGCAGUCGUCCCGAAGGAAUCACCUUCUAAAUGCAAAAGUUCUUAACAAAAACUGAAUCAUAAUGAAAGAGAAAAAUAAUCUGAUUAAUUUUUAUCGACAAAUGAAGUAAAAAAUUGCAAAAAACACAAAAAAAAUAUAGAAAAAUUAUAAAAAAAAAUAUUUUAUAACGAAUAAUUUCACAAAAA